AAAUGGAUUUCUGCUGUUUGUUUUUGGCUAUUUUCAUUUUUAAUUUGGGAUGUGUGGCUUCGGAGUUGAGUUUGCGAUUCGUGUUCAUAAUAGAAUCGCACGAACAAGAUAUACCGCAGCUCAUCGGCCGAGGCCUAAAGUUUGCUGAGGAGGCCCAACCAGACCUGAGAGUGAGCGAGGCCAUCGUUUUGCUAGACCGAGAGAACGAAGAAGAAAGCUACAGACAAUUAUGCUCCGCCCUGUCAAACGGCGUGUCAAUGAUAGUGGACCUGUCCUGGACGCCAUGGGACUCGCUGGAGGAGCUGGCCAGUUCCUCGGGCGUGCCCCUGGUGCGGGCCCGGCUCGGCUCGCAGCACCUGGUCAGAGCUGUGGAUGAGUAUCUCGAGUCCAGGAACGCUACGGACGCGGCGCUGCUCUUGGAGAGCGAGGCAGACGUGGACCGGACUCUCUACGAGCUUCUCGGCGAGUCCAACGUCCGCGUGUGGGUGCACGCCGGCCUCACGCGGGACUCCGCACGAGCACUAAAGACGAUGCGGCCUGAACCGAGCUUCUUCAUCGUUGUGGGCAGCGGGGCGUUCGUCGCUGAUACUUAUAAAAGAGCUGUCAAAGAGAAGCUGGUCCGGCGAGACUACCGCUGGAACCUGGUGCUAACGGACUACUCGACCCUGGAGCUGCAGCCUAUCAAACCUGCUAUGGUGCUGCAGGUGGACCCUGUGGAGUGCUGCAAGGUCAUAGGGCAGAAGGAUGGGUGCAGCUGUUCGCAGGAUUUUGAGCGAAAGCAGCCGAUCCUCUCAGCCCUGCUCCAACUCCUGGUGGAAACGUACUCCAAGCUAGACGAUGAUGACUUCACAACACGGGUGGACUGCGACAACCUGGUGGCGGAGAACGGCACCAGGUCGAAGGUCUAUCGCCAGCUGGCUGAGGAGUUGGGGGCUUCGAAUGAGAGCCUGUUCUAUUGGGAUGCUGAAAGAUCCGGGAUCUUCCUCCGCUCCCGUUUCAUCCUGUCGACCUUGAAGCCGGAGACAGGUCUGCAACAUGCAGCCGUCUGGUCCGCUGAUGAAGAGUACAAGCUGCUCCCGGGGGUGUCCUUGGAACCUCUAAGACAGUUCUUUAGGAUCGGCACUGCUCCUGCCGUACCCUGGACAAUGCCGAAACUAGACCCGAAUACUGGAGAGCCGAUGUUCAACGAAGAUGGAGAACCGAUGUACGAGGGCUACUGUAUUGACCUCAUACAGAAGCUGUCUGAGUCAAUGGAUUUCGACUACGAAAUAAUAACCCCAAAAACGGGUUCGUUUGGGCGAAGACUGGCGAACGGGACGUGGGAUGGAGUAGUGGGGGACCUCAUGAGGGCUGAGACUGACAUAGCGGUGUCAGCGCUUACUAUGACGGCUGAGAGAGAGGAAGUGAUCGACUUCGUGGCGCCGUAUUUUGAGCAGAGCGGCAUACUUAUUGUGAUUCGGAAGCCUACUCGAAAGACCUCCCUCUUCAAAUUCAUGACCGUACUGCGGACCGAAGUGUGGCUGAGCAUCGUGGCGGCUCUAGUUUUGACCGGCUUCAUGAUCUGGUUGUUGGAUAAAUACUCACCUUACUCAGCGAGGAAUAAUCCUGAUGCAUAUCCGUACCCUUGCAGAGAAUUCACUCUUAAAGAGAGCUUCUGGUUCGCGCUGACCUCCUUCACCCCCCAAGGUGGAGGGGAGGCGCCGAAGGCGCUGUCAGGACGCACAUUGGUGGCUGCCUAUUGGCUGUUCGUGGUGCUUAUGUUGGCUACGUUCACGGCGAAUUUGGCGGCUUUCCUGACUGUUGAGAGAAUGCAGACACCUGUUUCGUCUUUAGAGCAGUUAGCACGCCAAUCUAGGAUCAACUAUACUGUGGUAGAAGGCUCCACCAUACACCAGUACUUCAUCAACAUGAAGUUUGCUGAAGAUACACUGUACAGGGUAUGGAAGGAAAUCACACUGAACGCGACAUCAGACCAGUCUCAGUACCGAGUGUGGGACUAUCCAAUCAGAGAACAGUAUGGGCACAUAUUGCUGGCCAUCAAUGCUUCUAUGCCUGUGCCAGAUGCUAAGACCGGGUUCCGACAGGUAGACGAGCAUACGGAUGCAGACUUUGCUUUCAUACACGACUCCGCCGAAAUCAAAUACGAGGUGACCCUGAACUGCAACCUCACAGAAGUCGGUGAAGUGUUUGCUGAGCAGCCGUAUGCCAUCGCCGUGCAGCAGGGCUCCAGGCUUCAGGAGGAGCUGUCCAGAGCUCUGCUGGAUUUACAGAAGGAGCGACUGUUGGAGCAGCUAGCUGCUAAGUACUGGAAUGAAACGGCACGACAACAGUGCCCUGAUGCUGACGAAUCUGAGGGUAUCACUUUGGAAAGUUUAGGCGGCGUGUUCAUAGCGACACUAUUCGGUCUCGGCCUCGCCAUGAUAACUCUGGCCUGGGAGGUGUUCUACUACAAACGGAAGGAGAAGAACAAAGUGCGACAGGAGGAGGAAACUAAGCCUAAGAAGGCCUUCGAGAAGGAUCUGGAGAAGAAAAUUGCUGGUGGCGUGGCCAGAUUGAGGAAGCGAGACAAAAAAGAGAAGAGAGGGCAAGUGACUAUUGGCGACACGUUCAAACCUGUGUCAGAAAAGGAUGGUGUUUCAUACAUUAGUGUUUAUCCUAAGACCGAGUACAAACCGUAGAUUAGUCAGUAUCAUAGAGUAGGACUGAUUUAGAU